UUGUACAUUGCACGGGGGACUUCAAUCGGGAGUGAAAAGCAUGGCAGAUGAGCAGGAAAUUAUGUGCAAACUCGAGAGCAUCAAGGAGAUCAGGAAUAAGACUUUGCAGAUGGAAAAAAUAAAGGCAAGACUGAAAGCAGAAUUUGAAGCCCUGGAGUCUGAGGAGAGGCAUCUGAAAGAAUACAAGCAGGAAAUGGACCUGCUGCUGCAGGAGAAGAUGGCCCACGUGGAGGAGCUGCGACUGAUCCAUGCUGAUAUUAAUGUGAUGGAGAACACUAUCAAGCAGUCUGAGAAUGAUCUCAACAAGCUCUUGGAGUCUACUCGUCGCCUGCACGAGGAGUACAAACCCCUGAAGGAGCACGUAGAUGCUUUGCGGAUGACUCUGGGAUUGCAGAGGCUGCCAGAUCUAUGUGAGGAGGAAGAGAAACUGUCACUGGACUACUUUGAAAAGCAGAAAGCAGAAUGGCAGACAGAACCACAGGAGCCUCCCAUCCCAGAGUCUCUGGCUGCAGCUGCAGCAGCUGCCCAACAGCUGCAAGUGGCAAGGAAACAAGAUACCAGACAGACAGCAACUUUCAGGCAACAGCCACCUCCAAUGAAGGCAUGUUUAUCGUGUCACCAGCAAAUCCAUCGGAACGCGCCCAUCUGCCCGCUCUGCAAAGCAAAGAGCCGCUCCCGGAAUCCCAAAAAGCCCAAGAGGAAACAGGACGAAUGAAAGCCCAGAAGACUGACAAGCAAACACAUCACCUGUUCCAGUACUCUUCCAGCAGAACUGCAAAUGUGGCCAGGCUUUACUGAAGUGCAGACUCAAGUAUGACAGACCCCUUGUUUUCUAUUUAAUGCAAUGUAAGCACAAUGUUCCUGCUCCGUCUUGAUUUCCUUCCAGUCCUUAGGAUUUGGGUUUAGGAAAGUCUUAUACUGGUGCUACAGUUUAACAUUUCAAUCAUUCCAUCUUUGUUGGACUCCUAAACAGAGUAGAAUUCUUAUGCAAGUAUCCUAAAUGCCAGGCUGUUCCUAUUGGCCAAACAUGGUUGCCACAAAUACUUUUAGGUGCCCGUCUUAAAAACAGAUGUUGCUAACUGGUCAUUCAGCUUUCUGCUGGUAACAGCAGGCUGUCUGAAGUGCUGAAAUGGCAGGCUGAGCAUUUGACUGAAGGACACUUUGUUUUUCCAAGCUAGUAUGACUGCAUAAGUUUGGGUGUUCAGUAGAACUCUUUUUUAUACAGGAAAUGUUCAUGUUAAAAAAGAAAGUGGUUAUACAGGAAAUCAGUGUGGUAAGGACAGAGGUGAGUUUUUGUCUUCUGGAGUUUGGUUAUGCCAUUCCCUCCAACUUGACUUAAAAUCUGAAAGGGGGAUCAAGUUGCUGGCUGUGUGUGAACUUUUAAAUCUGAUGUAAUUCGUGAUGCUUUAACCUCUUAGUAUGAUGUUAUUUUCAGCUGUCAGAAGAUUGACUGACUUAAGUCCAAGGCUUCUCAGUCCUGUGGUCAAGUAUCUGGCUCUCUAAGACACAUGCAUGAAAUAUCCCACUGCAACAUCAGCCACUCUGCAUGGCUUCUCUUCCUGGCUUUUACAGCCAACAUCUCCCUUGGCAGACAUAUCCUCUGCUGGAGCACAGAGAAGUUCAGUGACAUACACCAGCAACAGCGUCAGUUAAAAAUUAUGUAGUUCACCACUGCCUGGCUUUGGUGUCAUUGUCCUCCCUCAACCAAGACUUCCUAUUUCUGUAUCUUUUAAUAGGCCAUUUUCAAGUAAGCUUUAUUUCAGUCCAGGUUUGUUGGUUUGGUUUUUUUUUUUUUCACUUUUUGUGUGCCAAAAGAACCCUGACUAAAGGAUCCUUCAGACCACUCCAGGUACUCUUUGUUUCACCUAAUGUAACAGCAGUUCCUCCAGUGGGGACAAUGGCAGUGACUCAACUACAGAACUGAGGCUUCUCACCUGACUUUUGUCACUGCCUUUGUUGUCUACAUUGAUUUCAAGUAUUAAAUAUUCUUUUCACUGACUUCAGGAGGCAGGGACAGCCUGUUUACAUUCUUCUCUCUUCAGCCCAGGUUCUCCUCUAAUAUUACACUGGAGUGGCUAUAUUGGGAACUUUGCUUAAAUGGGAAGAACAGGGAAGCUCCAAGUCUCUGUCAGACCUCUGCCAAGUGCUGGGAGGCUGUACAAAUCCACAUGAACCAAGUUUGCUGGCCAGAUCACAUACAUUGCCAUUAAUUUCCCAACUCCACCACAAAGUACACAAGUAUUUCAUUGAAUAGAAUUCUGUAAUUUAUGCCAAGUUCAGUUGAUUUUCUCCCAUUUUAGUAUUUCCUAGCCAAAUAAACAUCUAUUAACAGCAGAGGCAGGUCUGUUAACAGCAGAGACAGAGCCUGCAGCACAUGCUUCUGAAAAUCUGUCAAGAGGAGUGGAUUCUGGUAGCUGAAUGGCUGGGAUUCAAUCUCUGUGAACUAGCAAUAACAGGGGAUAUCCAUGCUCCAAAGGGCAGCAGUGAGCAAACUCAUUGUUAUACACCUUUCCCAACACAAAUCACGGAUUCUUCUUUCACAGGUCAGAGCAGCCACAUGCUGUGUGCCAUGCUUGGUGUAAUUCUGAGUGGGAAUGCACGCAGAGAACUGCAUACAGAUACCCCCAGAGUGCAUACAUGACAGCAGCUUACUUUGAUGACGUUCAUUUGAGAAGCAGUGGCAAUGGAGAAUGGGCAAAUGGUCUGCAGUGAAGUUGUAUGAACAGGAUAGAUUGGGAGAAGCUUCAUCUUAACAGUUCUGAAAUAGGUAGAGGUAGUCCUAGGCUGCUCUCACUUCACUGUUACUUUGCCAGGCUCUUUCUUGGGAGAUCUUUAGAGCUCUAAACUGAAGGCUGCACUGUUUACUAACUUAGUAUGGCAAGUUUGUUGUUUUUACUUUUUUAAACUAGUCUCUUGUGCCCUUGUGUUUAACAAGGUUUGGUUUUUUAACAAAGGAAAAAAAGACAACAGUGAAUAUGUGAGGGAAAAAAAACAGUGAAUAUGACAUCCUGUGUUUGUAUCAAUGGUGUACAGAGCUGUUUCCACACCCUUCACCAAGUUCUGCCCUAGGAAUAGUGUGUGCUGCAGAGAAUGAGUCUGACAAUGAGUCAGCAGUCCCAGCCAAAAGGACCAGCUGUGUCCCUGGGGUGCACGGAGCACAGCAUGGCUAGUUGGGUGAGGAAGGUGAUUGUCCCGCUCUGCACUGCGCUGUUGCAGCCUCACCUCAACGUUUUGGACACCUUGAUGUUAUUGGAACAGGCUGCCCAGGGAGGUGGCAGAGUCACUGGACGCAGGGGCAUUCAAAAUAUGUGUAGAUGUGGCACUUCAGGACUUAGCUUAAUGGCCAUGGUGAUGUCAGGGCAGUGGCUGGACUGGAUGAGCUUGGGGUCUUUUCCAAGCCAAACAAUUAUGUGUUUCUAUACGAGGGUAACAACCUGUUAGAAUAUGUUCAGACGAGGGCAAGACAUAGGAGAAGUAGCUGAGGUCACUUGGUUUGUUCAGCUUGCAGAAGAGAAGGCUGAGGGGGAGCCUCAACACAAUCUCCAACUUCUUGAAGGGGAACAGGGGAGGGGGAAGCUGCUGGUGACCAGCAACUAGACAUGAGGAAAUGGAAUGAUGCUAUAUUAGAAGUUCAGACUGGACACUAGGAAGGGUUCUUCACUGAGAGAGUGGUUAGUUACUGCAACAACUGCACUGGGAAAUGUUCUUCACUGAGAGAGUGGUUAGUUACUGCAACAACUGCACUGGGAAAUGUUCUUCACUGAGAGAGUGGUUAGUUACUGCAACAACUGCACUGGGAAAUGUUCUUCACUGAGAGAGUGGUUAGUUACUGCAACAACUGCACUGGGAAAUGUUCUUCACUGAGAGAGUGGUUAGUUACUGCAACAACUGCACUGGGAAAUGUUCUUCACUGAGAAAGUGGUUGGUUACUGCAAGAGGCUUCCCAGAGACAUCUUAUCAAAGUUCAAGGAGUGUCUGAACAACACUCCAAGUCAUAUGGCUUAGUUUUAGGUAGUCCCUCCAAGGAGCAGAGAGUUGAACUUUAUAAUCCUUAUGGGUCCCUUCCAACUUGAGAUAUUUUGUGAUUCCAUUUCAAGGACACAAAAAAUCUGUACUAUGAAUUAAGGAGUCCUGGGGGCGGAGGGAAGAGAAGCAGUAUCUUUCAGAGGGAACCAGUAUUCUUUUGUCUCACAAAUUAAGAAGCUCUUCUGAUGACAGCCCCAGGCUCUUUUCUCCCAGGCUCCUUUCUCAAAGAGACUGGAGGGGUAAUUAUAAAAUACUGAUUUCUUGAUUUUCAGAGGAGGAAGCUGUCUGAAGUACAGUUCUUACCACAACUCUACUGCAUUUUUGCUCUGUCAAGAAACAGUCGUCUCUUCCUUUGUACCUAAUGUUCUGUAAAGAGUCUUCUUCACUUGGCUUAAAGGCAUUCUUAUUUAGGUUCAGUUAUCUUCAUAGCUGCAAAGAGACCUUGUCAAAGCUUACAAGUCAGGUUUAAGCCUAGUUUUGUGGUUCCAUUUUCAAUGGGUUUUGAAGCAACAACAAAACCACUGGAUUUUCUGUCACAGAUGGUUUCCAGGGUCCCUUCUGGGUUCCUCAGUUGCCUCAACCAACAGCCAAAUGGCAAAAAAAUAUCACAAGCUUCUCCUCCUGCCUUCCCCACCUUUAAGCUCAUGCUGACAGGAUAUGAACACUCAGCUGUGGGAUCAUAGGAUGUUAGGGGCUGGAAGGGACCCAAAGGGAUCAGCGAGUCCAACCCCCCUGCCAGAGCAGGACAAUGCUAUCUAACACAGAUCACAGAGGAACACGUCCAGACAGGCCUGGAAAGUCUCCAGAGAAGGAGACUCCACAACCUCCCUGGGGAGCCUGUGCCAGUGCUCUGGGACCCUUGCAGGAAAGUUCCCCCUUGUGUUGAGGCAGAACCUCUUUUGCUGCAGUUUACACCCAUUGCUCCUUGUCCUAUCCCAGGGAGCAGUGAGCAGAGCCUGUCCCACCCCUCCUGGCCAGCCUUCUUCUGUAGCUAAAGGCUUUGCUAUAGGAAUCCUCAUACACAAGCUGGGGUAGAUCAGUCGUUCCAACUUUAGAGCCAAGAACCCCAUUGACUAUAUAUAUAUAAAAUUUAAGUCAAGUUUUAAUACUUGCACUUCCUCAUCAGCUUUCUAAACAGGACACUGCCCAACUAAACCCACCCCUGGCUUCAAGUUAGAGGAUCUAAUUUCAAACUAGCCCUUGAUGUGAUCCUCCCAACAGCAGGCUAUUGAAGAAAUGAAGACUUUACUGGCACUUUAAAUAAACAGAAGUGCUUUCCUUUGUUUUGCAGUUUUCUACUUCCUCCAAGGUAGGUUUUCAUUUUAGCAGUUAGGUACCUUAGCAAUAUCUGGUGCUUUCACUGGCUUCAGUGUUUUAAGUAUUUCACUCCUGUGCUCAGGAGGAGUAAGUGUGCUACCUGUUUAAUUUGUCUGUACAGUCCUUUUUAAUAAAUGUUUGAUUCAUGUCA